UGUGAGGGAAACUGUGGAGGUGAAGACAGAGUCCAGACAGGGAGGCCAUGGUCCGGCAGGAGGUGCAGAGCUUAUGGAGAAAUCUCUUUAUGAACAGUUUGUGGGAGGAAUACAAAUGAAGCCUCGCCUUAGGUGGCAGCAGAAUCCAGAGCAACCACUGAACACCACAGAAGAAGAGAAGAAUACGGAAGUGCUGAGGAAGAAAGCUAUAAAUACACGCAGCGUGUCCAAGGACACCGACACCUCGUGAAAGAGAGCAGAGAGCAGAGAGCGGGAGAAACAGCGAGGAGCACAACUGCGUGUCACAGUUCAUCCGCUGAGAAGAGAAGUAUCCUGUGAAGCAGCAAUGGACCAGGCAAGGACUACAAUAUCCAAGUUUCUUAAUGGGGAGCCACACUCCUACACACGCUUCAACCUGACUCAGAACAUGGAAGGUGACACCAGCCAGGUGGAGAUGAAACUGUCCUCUGACAUGGAUGAGGAAGCUGGGGGAAAUGGAGUUGGAGACCAUCUCAAUCACAACUCACCCAACAAAACCCACGUGGCGCAAAAGUUUAGACGCUCACCCAAGAACCUCUGCUUCAUGGCCGCUGCAGCCCUCCUCAUCUUCAUCAUUGGGUACUUGAUUGGCUACCUGGUCCAACGUAAGAAGGACUUGACUCCCAGCUUUCCAGCCAGCUCCUUCCCUUCUCUAAAGGAAGCCGCUCCUGUGCCCUACGAGACAGGUGCUGCCCCCCUCAUGAACUGGGGUGAUGUCAAACGAAUCCUGGCUCAAAAACUCAGUGCAUCCAAUUUUGAAGAAGCCUUGAGUGGUUUUACCAGUGCCAGCCACCGAGCUGGUUCUCCUGGUGAUGAAGAGCUUAGGAACAAGGUGGUCAGUAAGUUUACAGAAUACAGAAUGCACCCCUGGACUGAUGUGCACCAUGUUAAGGUCCAGGAUGCCCCGACUUCUGGCUCCAACAGAUUUGUUUUCAAGGACGGGACCGAAGAGCGUCCAACAGGGUUCCUGUCCUACAGUGCCAAUGGAAUAGUACAGGGUGCUGUUGUGUAUGCACAUUAUGCAACGGAAGAAGACUUUAUGAUGCUGGCGAACAAGAACCUUAACACGAGUGGCAAAGUCCUGCUGGUCAGAGCUGGUAAAAUCAGUUAUGCUGCGAAGGUAGCCAAUGCUGCCAAAAUGAAUGCAUCUGCUGUGUUAAUCUACGCAGACCCCAUUGAUUACAGUUUUGGAGAGGACACUCAGCUCUUUGGACAUGUCCAUAUGGGUUCAGGGGAUCCCUACACCCCUGGCUUCCCCUCUUUCAACCACACCCAGUUCCCCCCUGUCCAGUCUUCAGGCCUGCCAAAAAUCUUGGCUCAAACCAUCACCCCAGCCAUGGCUACUUCAAUUCUAAGGCAGCUGGGGGGUCAGGAUCCACCGGCAGUCUGGGCAUGCUACAACAAACUAGGAGAUGAGACCGAUGGCAUUACUGUGGAGGUCAACAACGUUCUUGCUGAGAAAAAGAUAAAUAACAUCUUCGGUGUCAUCAAAGGCUUUGUGGAUGCAGAUCGGUAUGUGGUCAUUGGUGCACAGAGGGACGCAUGGGGUCCAGGAUUUGCUGCAUCGACCGUUGGCACCGGCGUCCUUGUUGAGCUGGCCCGUUCCAUCUCAGACAUGGUGAAAAAUGAUGGAUUCAAGCCGAGGAGGAGCAUUCUGUUCGCUAGCUUUAGUGCUGGAGAAUAUGGGAGUGUUGGCGCCACCGAGUGGUUGGAGGGUUAUAUGUCCACUCUGGGCAUGAGCGCUUUCUCCUACAUCAACCUGGACGGUAUCGUAACAGGUCGCAGUGGAUUUAAAGUAGCAGCCAGCCCCUUGAUGCACAACCUGAUUGGCAACAUGCUGAAACAGGUUACGGCUCCAAACAAGGAUGGCACUCUCGAUUCUCAGUUUUCAAAAGGCAACUGGGAAAAAAAUAUCUUGGAGCCUCUACAGAUGGAUAAUGCUGCAUAUCCCUUCCUCGCCUUUUCUGGCAUUCCCUCUCUCUCAUUCAGAUUCACCUCUGGUGACAAAGACUACCCAUUCUUUGGCACAAAGCUGGACACCCAAGACAAGCUGAACAUCGCCACCAACGGCGAUGUCCCUCAGCUGGCUGUAGCAGCGGCCCAGUUCGCAGGUCAAAUUGCGCUGAGGCUGGUCCACGAUCAUCUGUUGCAGAUGGACCUGAAGAAGUACAGCGACAGUAUACGUUUUCAGGUGGCUCAGAUCAGUGGGAGAUUCAGGUCCAUUAUGAGGAUGAAGCCCCAGCUGUUGCCCAAGUCCCUGACCGUACAGUGGUUGAUGUCAGCCGCCGGCUCCUUUACCCGUGCCAUGCAGAAACUGGGAAGAGACAUCGAGAACAGUGACCUGGAUAACAUUGAGAAGUGCCGCAUCCUCAAUGACCGCAUAAUGACGGUGGAAAGGAACUUCCUGUCACCCUACGUGUCCCCCACAGACAGUCCUUUCCGCCACAUCCUCCUGGGCUCCGGUGCGCACACUCUCCCAGCUCUGUACAACCACCUCAACAUCCUCGGGGCCGACAACCACGAGGCGGACGCCGACUUGUUUCAUACACAGUUUGCCCUGGCGACCUGGACCAUUCAGGGCUGUGCCAUCUCACUAGCAGGGGACAUCUGGGCCUUGGAAAAUGAGAUUUAAAAAAAAUAUGUUUAGAUCCCUCCUCCCUUCUUUAUGGUUUGCCCCUCUGCACAACUAGCAGUGUGAAAACCAGUAAGAUGUUACAAUUCAGUUACACAGCCUUUAAGUAAGUAUUCUUAGGAAUUGAUAAAAGUGGAGCAGUUUCUAAAUGGAUACCAUUUUAGUCAUCACCUUGGUAACGUUAUUUUCAACAUUACAGUGAUAAUCCGCCUAGUCUCCCUUCAAUUUUCCAUAAAGCCAAACGAAAUUAUAGAUCAGACUUCCGCUCUAACAUUACAGUUCAGUAGGUCAAUUAAUUUUUUUCCCCCACUUCGGAGACAUUUUUAUUUUAACAUGUGGUACUUACGUACCACAAUCUUCAGUACAUUGGUGCUAAUAACAGCUUCCUUUUUAAAUUCUCACAUUAUGUGGCAGUACUACUUACAUUGGUGCAUGUAGUGACACAUUUUCAGCACAGCAUCGGGUCAUAAUCACAUGAAUGACUGGGAUUACCAGCUUUUGAGGUUCAUGAAACAUAAAAGUUCAAUACAGUAAGCUAAGGAGUUUACAUUUGUUUAACAUAAUAUUUCCUAACUGCUGGUCUUUCCGCUGCUGUGGCCUCUCAUUCGAACCUGAGCUGUUUGUUUUUGUUGGUAGCUAUUAUUUCAUACUGUGCUGAAAUCUGCUACUUGGCUCAUAGUCAGAGGUCAAAAUUCAUAUAACAUAACGCUACACAGAAAACUCCCAGAAGAUCGGGACAAUCGGCUUUAGUUGCUGCCAGUUUUCUAAAAAGGAGCUGCAUUGAUCCUCUAAGUCCUCAUUCAUACGUUCCACCUGCCUUUUUUUUAUAUCAAAGAAAGCAAGCGAGAAGGUCUCCAACCACAUGGCACUGAAACAAAAAUCGUAUGUCUAUUUAUUGUGUUAUUUAUUUAUCAGUGGCAGGGAUCACUAUAAAUAUAUCUAUUUUUUUUAAUUGCCUUUUAUAAAAAAAAACGAAUUAUCGGAAGCAGUGUCUUCCAUAAUUAUGACGGUAAUACUGUCGAAAUGACAAAAGCAGCAUCUGCUAACAGAAGUGUUCAUGUUGACUGACGGCAGGUACUGCACACAACAUUCUGACACCUUGGAGAGAAGAGUCCGAUUUUCAAACAUAACUGACACCGGUUUGUUCACAGAUCACACAUGACAAGUAUUACCUCUGGACGUCCUGUCAGUGCUGCAUCUGUGGUACAUGUACACUUCUCGUCCUGACACCAUUAUCGGGAGCAGUGCCUUCCAUAACUAUGACAGUUGUACUGUUGAAAUGACGAAAGCAGUAUCUGCUAACAGAAGUGUUACAGACAGACUACACUGCACACAAACACAAUCUGACUCUUCUCAACGAACUUGUUCAGUUUGCAGAGACUUAAUGACUCUGGAUUGGUCAAACCCAGCUGAUCUCCCGUCAGUGCUUGAUCUUUGGUACAUGUACACUUCUUGUGCUGACAACCUUAUCGGGAGCAGUGUCUUCCAUAAUUAUGACGGUAAUACUGUCGAAAUGACAAAAGCAGCAUCUGCUAACAGAAGUGUUCAUGUUGACUGACGGCCGGUACUGCCGACGACAGCGUUCUGACUCCUGUUUGUAGAGAAGAGACCGAUUUUCGAACAUAACCGACACUGAUUUGGUCACGCGUUACAAGUAUUACCCUCUGGACAACCUGUCAGUGCUGCGUCUGUUGUACGUGUACACUUCUCGUCCUGGCACCAUUAUCGGGAGCAGUGCCUUCCAUAAUUAUGACAGUUGUACUGUUUAAAUGACGAAAGCAGCAUCUGCUAACAGAAGUGUUACAGACAGACGACACUGCACACACACAAUCUGACUCUUCCCUGCAAACCUGUUCAGUUUGCAGACAGUUAAUGACUGGAUUGGUCAAACAACACAGCUGAUCUCCCGUCAGUGCUGGAGCUUUGGUUCAUGUACACUUCUCGUCCUGACAACCUUAUCGGAGGCAGUGCCCUCCAUAUUUCACUGUAGGGGUGGAUGUUUUUUUAUUAUCGGGAACAGUGUUUCCCAUAAUGUUUGUAUAUAUUGCUACACAAUGCACUUGUGGUCUGCAUCUUUUGAUCUUAUUUUUGCUGUAAUGUUUAUGUCCUUAGACUGCAGGGUGCAGCUUCUGCUCAAAGUGAUGUGUGAUGACUUUUCAUCAACCGCAGCGCUUAUAAAAAUGCUUCCCAUCUGUAAGUCAAGCAAACUGCACGUCUUUAAUCAGUUCUUGGUUUCUUUGCUUUUUGACAUUUUUAAUCACCUGUAGUUUGUGAAUGGAUGUGAUGUGGAAGGUCUUCAGCUUUACUUGACACAAACCUGUGUGUUGGGCCACUGCUCAGUCGUGUGGUUCAAUGCUUCCAAUUAAACAUGACCACUCUGCAGAUAUGAGAGAUACUCUUAAUGAUUGUGUCAUUUUGAAAGCCUUUUUUUGUUCUUUAACUGUUUUUGUUUGUUGUUCAGAUUUCCUUGUGCCUUUUUAUUUUUGGCUUCAUUAUUCAACAAAUUACUUAAAUGAGUUUUGGCUUGUUUAGUUUUGACAUUUCUGCGUUUUCUUAUUUUCCUGUUGACUAGAAUCAAAUGUUACUGGUGUUAACGCCUGUUAUGAUGCAAUACAUUUAGAUUGAAUACAAAGUGUUAUUGUGGAAAUAUUCUGAUGUCACGCCGCUAUAGAAAAACUGUUUAGUUCAGAUCUGCGGGGCAUUUCUUAUAUUGGCAAAAAAAUUACAAACCAAUUGAAAAUGCCUUUUUGUUCUGCCAAAUUUGUCUAUUUGGAGAGCAUUCAAAUUCUGAAAACCUGGAUGUGUUUGGAAAUUUGCAUUGUUUUCCCAUCACUGUAUACAAUUUUGCUUCAAUAAACAGUUGUCAUAACUGUC